UAAUCAGAUAUGUUCACUCACUCAGAAACCCUCAGUCGGACGUUUUAAGUCACAUAAUGUUCGGGAAAAUUCACAAGACACCGAAAUCCUCUUUAGUUUAAUACUGACUUGUACUAAACUACUAGACCUUUUGGUAACGGACUCAUUGACCUCAGCUUGAACACUGAGAAACUAAGAGGUUUGCAUGUGCAUGUGUGUGCAGGGGCCCUCUGCUAUGCUGAACUAGGCACAAUGAUCAUGAAGUCUGGUGGAGAGUAUCCGUACCUGAUGGAGGGUUUUGGGCCAUUGCUGGCAUACCUAUAUUCCUGGACCACGAUCACCGUGUUAAAGCCUUCGUCAUUUGCCAUCAUCGCCCUGAGUUGUGCCGAAUACGCCUCCACACCGUUUUACCCAGGGUGCACUCCUCCUCAAGUGGUCAUUAAGUGCCUGGCUGCAGCUUGUAUCUUAAUAAUUACAGUCAUCAACUGUCUGAGUGUGAAGCUGGCCUACAGAGUGCAGAACUUUUUCACAGUAGCCAAACUCUUGAUUAUUGUCAUCAUCGUGGUUUCAGGCAUCGUUCUACUGGCUCAAGGCAAUACCCAGAAUCUCAAAGACCCAUUUGCAGGCGCAACAACAUCAUUUGGAGCAAUUGGCCUUGCAUUUUACAACGGACUAUGGGCUUAUGAUGGAUGGAAUCAGCUUAACUUCAUAACAGAAGAGCUGAAAAAUCCGUACAGAAACCUUCCCCUGGCAAUAAUUAUUGGGAUUCCCCUGGUAACUGUGUGCUAUAUAUUUGUCAACAUUGCAUAUUUCAGUGUCAUGACCCCUACUGAACUUCUGCAGUCUCCUGCUGUUGCUGUGACCUUCGGUGACAGAGUGCUGUACCCAUUAUCAUGGAUUGUGCCUUUAUUUGUGGUGUUUUCCACUUUUGGUGCAGCCAAUGGGAGCUGUUUCACCGCAGGCAGGUUGACAUAUGUAGCGGGACGGGAGGGCCACAUGGUUAGGAUCAUGUCGUACAUCAGUGUGAAACGUUACACACCUUCUCCAGCUCUAAUGUUUAAUGGUAUCUUGUCAAUCAUCUACAUCAUGCCUGCAGAUAUAAACACUCUGAUCAAUUACUUCAGUUUUGCUCAGUGGGUUUUCUAUGGGCUCACAUGUCUUGCGCUCAUUGUUAUGCGAUUCACUAGGAAGGAGCUUCAGAGACCUGUCAAGUGCUUAUUGGGAUAG